AGCAGUAAUUCGCUGAUCAGAGUGAAUCCAAAAUGGCGCCUAGCGGUGGGGAAGUUCCUUUCAAGAAAAUACGAUUAAAUAACAGCUGAAGAUGAAGCUACACCAAGUUCUGACGGGAGCAGCUAAUACCUUUGACGAUAAGGCCGCCAUAGCUGUUGGGAGCGUUGAAGAUAAUCCGUUCACCGCAUAUGCAUCAGGCUGUGACAUUGUCAUUCUUCUAAGCGGCUUUACUCGUGUUCAGAUCAUCCCCGGCUCUUUGUAUGGUUACAAGGAAGUUUGCUGUGUUGAUUGCUGUGAUACUGAUGGAAAGAUUGCUGCAGCUUAUGGUCCCAAAGUAGUCACAUUUGGAGCUAGACCGACACCGCCUGACAGUGACAAUGGCUUUCCUUAUCACUGGGAGCAGUGCUCAGAGCUUUGCUUGAAGUUCAAGAUUACAUGUCUUUCAUGGAACAGAGAAGGAACCCAGCUUCUGAUUGGUGGUGACUACCUGCAGCUAUGGACAUGUCAAAGUGACAUUGAAUACCCUUCAGGGUCCCCUGGAGAGUUUUGGUCCUGUGUUUGGAUGUGCAGGCCAGCUGUACCUAUUUAUGUCAUUCAGUUUUCUUCAAACAGUCAAUACUUUGCAUCAUUCGGAAAGAAUGAUCGUUUGGUCAAGAUUUGGUUCCAGAAAUCAAAUGUGGAAUUCCAGGAAUCACAAAGAGAGAUGACUAAUGAUAGGUGCCUGGACUUUUCAUUCAUCUACUUGGCUCAUCCAAGAGCAGUAACUGGGCUGACAUGGAGGAAAACAAGCAAAUAUAUGCCUUUGUCAUCAGUAUCAAGUGUCCUUCUAACUUCCUGCAUUGACAACAUCUGUCGAAUAUGGUGUGAGACCAUGCAGCAAGACCAGUACUACGACAACCCUGCCCCUCCCCUCCAAAAGGGCACCAAAUGUGCCAGACACGACACAAGACCCGUACAUGACCCCCUCUUAAAACACAAGAUGACCUCCUCCCUGCACUUCCACCUGUCCACCGUGGUAAACCCCCUGAGUGACAUACCCCUCCUUUCGUCAAUGGGGUCCUUCGCACCCAAGGGGAGCCGAAGUUCUUUCAUGCUGCACUGGCUCAACAACAAGGAGAUCCAGUUUACAGUGUCUGCUGAGGCGUCGCUAGGCGCACCAGUCGCUGCCCUUGAGGUACAGAGUGUGGAGGUGUCUGAUGACUCCUCAGAGGAGAGUGACGGCAGGGGUAACCACUCGGAUUUUGAUGUCUUGGAGCCUAUUGAUGUGCAUGGUCUGGACCAGAGUGCACGUCGGGGGGAGAUGAGCCCUACAGACGCAGACAAAAAAGACACAACUACAGAUAGAGCAAAGCCGAAGGAGAAGAAGACAGACAAGAGAAGGGCUAAAACCCUGCCUCCACCCCGACCUCGAACUCCUCUAGAAUACCUGAAGCAGCUGCAGAAUAACAAGACAAGAAACAUGACAGUGUCCCCCUACUACGACAGCUAUGUGUCCUCCGCUAUCGGCAAUAUGCUACGGGAAUGGUACAAAAGCCCGGAUACGCUAAUAGCCGUACACCCGGUGGACGGUUCUCUCCUCGUAUGGCUGAUUGAGUGGUUGGAUGUGCAGCCAGGGUCCCAGUAUCGACAGCCUCAGGUCAGUUUUUUGUCGCGUAUACCGAUGGCUAUCCCUCCUGCUGAUGCGAACUCUUUGCUGCCGAAGCUCAUCGUGUAUUGCCCGAGAAUUGACAAGAUUCGAGCCUUGCGGCACGCCGUGUCACAAGUCGGGAAAUCAAAGCCAGUGUCACCCAAAGCCUUGCGUGCACACUUCGGGUCUUCGUCCAGCGGUGCUCAGGCAACGGGUAUCAUGGUGUCCACGCAUAGAGACGGCGCGUUAAACCACUGGCAGCUAGUGUUUGCGGACGACAGCUCGUUCUCUACGGUUGUUAGUAUAUCGCACAUUGCGCGUCGCUGUGGACACAGGUACCCCAUAACGACAAUUCUCGCGCACCCAGAACUCCCCCUGCUUCUUUCAACGUCAAGUCACGUGUUAGAAGGGAUGAGAACUGAGCUGAAUACUCGAGACGAAGUUGAGGGCGAGGUUCUAGAUAGCAAAAAUUCCUUGGUGAAAAUUCACUGCAGCGAGCUUGUGGUGUGGAGAGUCGAGAGCAUCUCUCCGCUACGGCAGAGUGGAGGUGUUUUGGAACUCACCAGAGUUCACUCUUCGAGACCUCGCGCCUUCGAGAACAUCGCAUGGGUUCCAACCCUCUUCUCGUACUCGCUAAUAACAUUCGAGAACACCACAUUGCUUCCUCCUCAAGCAACCGCCCCAUGCGCAUGCUUCCUGGCCGCUGAUGGUCUCUCCUACCGGUUCUACCAGGUCAUCCUGGACGCGCGCAUGCUUCAGACCUUUAUUUCCAGUCACAAGUCAAGGACGAGGUCUACGUUAUAUUCCAGUGGGAGCGAAGAAAGUAUUGAUUCACUCGACUUGGAGACUCCUACUGUUAACGUGCCAUUAGACGCGUUUAUUGAGUCUAUAGUGAGUAGGCAGUCGGGCUCGAAUCCCGGGUGUAUACUUAAGCUGUGUUCGCUUGCCGAUUCGCGCGAUGUGCUGCAGAGACCUUUGCUGUUGCACGUGUUCACGGAACAAUCGAUCAGGAACGCUAGCAGCGUGUCCAGCCACAACAUGCGUGGGGGCGAUCACGAGACGGAAGACUCUGAGGAAACGUUUUUCGUGGUUGGCGUCGAGAAUGUUCCAGAUCCUUCUGCAGAGGGUAGGGUUACAUCUAUGCUACACAUGUGGCGUAUGAAGGUCACCGCAAAGAAGGGAAAGGCGCUAGAUGAAGAAGAGUUGUUUAGUUUCCCGGACGUUGCAAGCGCCGGAAGUGGCACAGACAGUGCCUCCUCUCGAAGUACCAGCCCUCUAAACCUCCCCUACACCUCCCCCGUCAGUACAAGCAUCAGCACCACAAAGGUAUGCACUCAGAGGCUCCCUCUCCCCCACGGGGUCGUGGUCACCACGGCAACGCGAGCGGCGGACAAGAUGUCGUCUUCGGCCGUGAAUCCCACGUGCCCCGCUAUGUACCUGUUCACAACCUCGUGCUCCGAUGGGAAGGUGCGGUUCUGGUCUUGUGAUUCGUUGGACGAGGGGAGGGACUUCGUGUGGGAGGAAACUGCGUGGAAAAGGGAGGUGGUCAACGGUGGCAUGGUGACGUCACCGUCUGGUGGGCGUGGUACGCUAGGGCUGGAAGCACCGGGGCAGGUACUUUCCAUCAGCUGUGCCUACACUGGAAGAAUCGCCACGCUAGUCAAAACCACCAGCCCAGAGGGGGAGGCAGAGGAUGGUUUGCUCGUGUGCAUAUGGGAAAAUGAGUCCUCAGGGGGGAUGGAGUGGGUAUGUGAGGAUACGCUGAGGUUGAGCUGCGCCACGCACCCAGAUACGUCACAGAUCAGACUGGAGUGGAUCGCGGUGGAAAACGGCUCCUAUAUACUGACCGUCUGCAUCAAGAACGAGAUUUUCAUUCUCGGUUGCGCCUCUAGGAUAUCUGGCACAUCCACACGCGGCCAAACUAUAUCAUCAGGCAACGAGACCUGGCUGUUGUUGCACAGCGUUCACCUCGCGUCCGAAAACCAGUGGCAACUGCUCAACCGCGCCUUAUCGUGGGCGAGAAACGGGGUGCUGGUUGUGGGGCUUGGUACCGAGAUGCAGGUUUACUCUCAAUGGAAGGUAAUCACAGAUGGAACUAUGUCACCUUCCGACAUCCUAAACUACGCCCCGACCGUGACCCUACAGAAGGUCACCCAUGCGACCCUAGAUGAUGCCAGCACCGGCCUCGUACCCCUCUCAGCAUCGGGAGGAACAAGAAUCGGUCUGUUUGAGGAGGCAGCAUCCAUUGCCCCUGUCCUACCUCAGUACCACCCAAAGCACCUGAUGGAGCUCAUGAACUCUGGCAAGCUGAAGCGAGUCCGGGCCAUCCUACAUCACCUAGUCCAGUGUGUAGUUGGCAAGGAAGCAGUACAAGCAGAAGCCCGAGCAGAGUUCACCCACAGCAGGCCACGCUUAAGCAGCACCUCUAUUAUGAAGAGCGGUAGCUUUGGCAAGAGCCUCAGUGAGCUCGACACCACUAACACUGCAGUAGACACAAGGGAGGACAGGGAGGGGGUGCUUUCUAUACCCCCUGUGCCACUCCACGCCCUUCUGGCGGCCGACAAUGAUACCAGUGAGACAGGCCAUCAUGGCGAUGCACCAAAUGCAGACAGAUCCCAAGCACUAGAAGAUAACGAUUACAGCCUGUUAUUCGAUACGCCAGCGAUGUCAUCUAGUGUAGACGAUGAAAGCGAUGUGCUCACUAUGAGAGAUAAACGCCGCAGCCGGACCUUGACCUCGUACGGAAGUCCUCUACAUGGUGUUACAGCCAACGAUAACCCUGUGUACUUCGGCCUGGCUCAGGCACGGCAGUUGUCGUACCAGUUGACUCGUAAACAGCUUCCUGGUCUGACGAGCAUCGAACAGUUAGAACUACUCGCCCUGGCAGAUACCUUCGCUACCACCAAGCUAGACCUAGAAGAAAGUCCAGAUGCUAUAGAAAGAGGACUGAGCUUUGCCAAGAGAGAAGUUGACGGUAUUGGUGCAGUAGGUGGCCUUAUGGGGGGACCUGGAGGUGGCGGGGGUGGAUACGCUACUACCGGAAGUAUCGGAGCGACGGCCGGAAGUGGAGGUGACGUGGUUGACGAGUGUGGUCUACGAUUUCUAUUGGCUCUGCGACAUCACACGUGUUUGAUGAGGUCACUCCCACUAAUGCAACGCGCUGUGCUAGAAGAGAAGGGUCUGUCCUCCUCGUAUUUCGGCUGGGCCUUCCACUCUGAGUCCGAGGAAGAACUCCUAGCUAUGGUUCCCGCCAUGCUUCGCGGUGAACCCACGUGGCCUGAGCUAAGGCAGUAUGGCGUGGGCUGGUGGAUCCGCAGUCAGGAUACGCUAAAGAGACUCAUGGAAAAGGUGGCCAAAGCUCAGUUUUCUAAAAAUCAGGACCCCCUAGACUGCGCACUAUUCUAUCUUGGCAUGAAGAAGAAAAACGUCGUCUGCGGGCUGUACAGAACGGUCCGCGACACCCGUAUGUCCAAGUUUUUCAGUAAUGAUUUUACGCAAGAUCGCUGGCGAAAGGCCGCUCUCAAGAACGCCUACCAGCUGCUUGGAAUGCAGAGGUUUGAACACGCCGCCGCUUUCUUCCUACUGGCAGGCGCCCUGUGGGAUGCUGUGCAGGUUUGUAUUGGUCGUCUCCAUGACAUCCAACUGGCAAUGGUGCUUACGCGACUGGACGCUGACCACUCUGAAGGCCCGCAUUACAUCCGCGUUUUACGUGAAUACGUACUGGACCCCAAGCCCUCGGACCUGCGUCUUGACCCCUUUUUACGAAGCAUAACUCACUGGAUUCUGAAGGACUACAACCAAGCUCUUGAUGUGCUAAUCUUCAAGCCGAGAAGCUGCCCACACCAGAAGAAAGAAUGCAACGACCUCGCAGCUCGCGGCGACCCUGACAUCUUUAACUUCUACCUCUACCUGCGGAAGCACCCUCUCAUCAAACGCCGCUGGUUCACCAAUCCAGAUCAGGAACGCAGGCUCAAGGGCGUACGACACCACGUGGCAAAACUACGACGACAGCAAAGGAUCACGGAUAAUUCCUUCGAAGAUGAUCCGCUGACUCCUAUGGAACGGCAGCUGUUUUUCAAGACUGCACAUGCGCACUUGAACUCUGGGUGCCCGGCCUUAGCUCUACAAGUCCUGAUGGAGCUGCCUGCAUCAAGUCUGUCCGAAUCGAAGACUGGGUCGACUUCUGAUGAAGCGCCGGAAGUGAACUCUCUUCAUGAUAAGACUGAUGACAUGAUUGCCACAGGAACGUUGGGAGAUUUUGGAUUUGAGAGCCCUUCCACGAAGCCACAUCAAAACGGUGAAAGAGCGAUUUCUACAAAAUUUGGCGGAACUGGUUUAGACGACUCUAGCUCUGCCCUAGACUGGUCUCAACCAGUUUCUACGAAACUUGGCGGAACUGGUUUAGAAGACUCUAGCUCUGCCCUAGACUGGUCUCAACCAGUUUCUACAAAACUUGGCGGAGCUGGUUUAGAAGACUCUAGCUCUGCCCUAGACUGGUCUCAACCAGUUUCUACGAAACUUGGCGGAACUGGUUUAGAAGACUCUAGCUCUGCCCUAGACUGGUCUCAACCAGUUUCUACGAAACUUGGCGGAGCUGGUUUAGAAGACUCUAGCUCUGCCCUAGACUGGUCUCAACCAGUUUCUACGAAACUUGGCGGAGCUGGUUUAGAAGACUCUAGCUCUGCCCUAGACUGGUCUCAACCAGUUUCUACAAAACUUGGCGGAACUGGUUUAGAAGACUCUAGCUCUGCUUUAGACUGGUCUCAACCAGUUUCUACGCAACUUGGCGGAGCUGGUCUGGAGAACUCUAGCUCUGGCUUCGACUGGAGUCAACCGGUUUCUUCAAAACUUGGAGGCAUUUCUUUAGACCUUGACUGGGGACAACCCAUGUCUUCUCAACUUGGAGGCCCGGGGUUAGACUCUGAUGGGCCAAAUGAGGACAGUAUAAGUUUCGGUAGCUCCCCAGUGAGUCACAACCCGUACAUAAGUGGUGAGAGAGACCUGCCCAGAGGUGGGCCAGAUGAGGUGGACGCCCUGUAUCCUCUUCCAAAACCAAAAGAAGUUCGAAAUCUUGAUGUUAUUGCUCAGCAGAUGAAGUUCUCGGCGAUCCUGAAGCUAUUACUGGAUGAACUGCAUGGCCUGCCCGCUGCUUGCGAGCUUGCAGAUGAGGAUCUAAGGUCGUUCUUUAUGCGCUGGAUGGAGAUGGAGUUUGACACACUGCACAAAAUGGCGGACUAUGGCGCAGUGAUGGACUUGGCAGACAGUGAAGAGUCCAGCGUAGAACAGGUCGAGGAAACUGCAGGAGACGAAGAUACAGAUAAGAACUACAUUGCUCAUAAGAUCGAGAAGUCAGCUAAGCACAUCCAGUGGCUCCGCAGGAAUCGUACUCUUCUUAACAUCCUUUUGACAUAUUGUGCACUGCAUGGCUCAAGUGGAGGGCAUCUAGCAGCGAUGAACAUGGAACUACUGCUUCUCCUUCACGAGGUGGAGAGGUGUCGGUUCCUUCUCUCGCCCCUCUACGUCCCAUCUGCUGGGCCGUCCCUCCCACCCCUUGUCCUUGGUGCGAUAUCCAGCUCCACCUUCCUUGCAAGCCCCAUCGGGUACCUCCAGUCGCUUACACAGGACAUACUCAAGUAUCUCUUUAAGCUACAGACGCCGCCAUCCCCUGAGAGCCCUGUCUCGAUGCUCUCCGUCUUGACGAGCCUGACGGGCACCCUGUCUGACUGCAUCUACCAAAGCCUGACGGGGAUUGGCCAAGAGCAGAAUGACAUCACGCAGCGCAGAAAGAACAAAGGUAAAUACCCCUGCUCAACAAGUUCUCCCAAGACAACGACCAGCAACCGUCCCACCAGCCCCCCUGCACGCUGGCCAGGGGUGAAGUUACUCCUGUCUCUCCUUGCGACUGAGAACAAGGACAACAGCACUAGGCUGCGUGUGCUCCUGGCCGAGGCAUGUGUCGCGGUGUAUCUGAGCCUUUUAUCCGUAGCUUGGUCUACAUCUCAGCCAAAUCAGAUGUACAGACUGGUCAGUAAUCAGCUUAAGCCUGGACUCUGGGGCCUAGUGUUUGGCGGGGGGAUCAAAGUACCACAGGCUUUGUCCUCUGAAGCCACAACUCCAACAGAGACCAAGCCUUCCCUGCCGACCGGAACUCGAGAUCGUCCAGGAAAGCCUGGAGACAAGUACUUCUCGGCCAUGCGAUCGAAAUGGAAUUACAAGCUACUUGGAAAGAGCGCUGAAACGUCUGAGAGCAAGACGCCCUUCGUGGAGCAGUACGUCCCGCCAAGCAUGACAAUUAUGGAGUACUUUGUUUCCAAGCCCAUAGUCCAGGGCAGUAGCGUGGCACCAACUUAUGAUUCUGGUGAUGAGCAGGAGGAAUCAUCCGAUGAUGAGGAGUAUGAGAGCGCAGAUGAGGAAGGGUUCCCCACUUUCCGUCGGAAGCGCGCAAACGAACCAACAGAUCACCUCGACCACGCCUCAUAUAGCUGGUGCCUUAUGAACUAUGCCAUCAGCAAGCUGGCACUGACUAACCUACAGAACUUUCUACCUGAUGUGGGAUUCGAACUAACAGAUCUACCAUCCAUCUCGCCCCAGCUCCACUCUGCCAUGAAAAUGCUUGAGCUCUGGACCCAGACCUUUCUUGGCCGGCUUGACAUGUACCAGGGUCCCCCGCCAGAUUAUAUCUCGCAGUUCCCAGUCUCCUGCGAGUCGUACCCGCGAGGCGGUCCUGCGUUGCUAAGAUACAAGGCGCUGAUGGACCCAAAGAACACGCCGUUCAGGUCAAAUCGUGCUUCAGCAGAACCGGUUAAGAGAUUAUGGAGCUCAUUGGUGAGCCAGGAGGCGAUUCAAAAUACCAUGAUGAGAUACGUGUUCCAGCAAGACACGCCCAACAUCUCUUCUGAUACUGAGGGUGACCAUCUGGACGGGGCGUACGGGAAAGACGUUCGUCUACUACACAAGGACACAGAGGUGAUCAACUCGUUCUGCAUCAACAAGGCCAACCCUAAUGUGAUCGCCCUCUCAACGUUGCGUGACGUUCAAGAGAUUGAUGUGUCACACAUCGUUUCACCCGGCCCAGUCCCCUGGAUCGAGGAGGAGAAUGACGUAGAUUCAGGAGAGGCUUCUCGCAAAAGUGCCCAAUCCUCCUCUCUAGAUGACUCCGAAUACGCUAUGGUGUAUGGUUCUCAGUCUCCAUCUUCAAGUCAGUCUACAGGCGAACCAAGGCCCAAACAGCGAAUUAUGGAGCUCCUUAAAAGACAGACGACAGGGGUGAAAAGAAUGGACUCACAUCCACAUCUCCCGUACUACGUGACGGGCUCACAAGACGGUAGCGUGAGGAUGUGGGAGUUUGGGCAUGCCCAACAAAUCACCGCUCAUCGCACCGCGGGCACACAUCAACGUGUCACUAGAAUACACUUCAGCCCAUACGGCAACAAGGUUGGCAUCAGCGAUCUGAGCGGUCAGCUGUUCCUGUGGCAAGUCAGCUCUACAGGGACUGGAUCUAGUAACCCUUAUAUGACCCUCAAGUGCCACAACAAACAGAUGAACGACUUCGUCUUUCUCAACUCAUCCAGUUUUAUCGCCUCGGCGGGACAGUCCUCGGAUGGAAGUAAUAUCUGCCUGUGGGACACCCUAGUACCGCAGAGGAGUUCACUUGUCCACGCUUUCACGUGUCACGAGAGUGGAGCGCCAUGCGUAGCACACGUGCAAGAGCAGCAGCUACUGAUAUCGGGGGGACGGAAGGGCAAUAUCUGCAUCUUCGACUUGAGACAGCGCCAACUACGUCACACUUUCCUGGCCCAUGAUGCACCGGUCAAAAGCAUAGCGAUCGACGAAAGCGGGGAAUUCUUCAUCUCGGGAUCCGAAGAUGGGGACAUAAAGGUCUGGGGCCUUACGAUACACGAUCAGCUCGCCUGCUUUCCAAAGGAACACGGCAAGAGUACGUACUUCAAGUACGGGACACUGGGCGUGGCACUCAUCAGGGUACCCUCCAUCGGGGAGAUCUACUCAUGUGGAGGCGACGGCACGCUUAAAUGGCGACGGAUCUCGCUGAGGGAUUCUAUAGUCAAUGGGCGGUAUUAGGCAUUCGCGUUUACGGGGAAAGAUUACAGAAAGAUAUUCAUAAGAAAAGCCCAUAUGAGUGUGGUACAUUAAAAUUGACGGAUUUUCCAGAGGGAUUUCUUAGUUAAUGUAAGGUAUUAGACAUUUGCUGUUUUGGAGGAAAGGUCACAGCAAACAAAUUCGUAACAAAGUUUGCAAGAGUUUGAUAUGUGCGCAAAGGCUAUCGUAGUCAAUAAAAAAUUCCAAAAAGCUGUCCCUUUCCUGAAAUAUACUAAGAAGCAAAAAUAGCCAACGUCUGCCCAACACUAGAGAUAUCCUUCAAGGAUCGCUGACUCGUCGCUGUAAGGACAAGUAAAUGGGCUGCUGUCAUUGAUUGUUGUGUUAUAUGCGUUCACUCAGCAACACAAAGUUCCACAUAGAACAGGGGUGGUAGUGGCAAAACAUACACACCAAACUACCCGGAACAUUCUAUUUGGACUACUAAGAAAAGAAAUAUAAUUCUUAAUUGUCCGUACAGGAGAUAAGAUCCCAUAUGAGGGGAUAUGAUAGAGCAUUCUGCGUGAUGCAGUCAUUCUAUCUAAAGUCAUUCAAAUAAAUUUGUACAAAGUAAAGAAAAUGGAAAUAAAAGCCGUGAACUAUG